UUGCAUUUUCAUAGACACAGAGUCCUCGAGAAUUUCGAGAUUAAUUCACGGUUGAUCUGUUGACAUGACAUGUGGUUCUUCGUUCCGUCAGCGGACGGGGAUUUAACAAAGAAAGAAGAGGAAAAAGAUUUGUAACACGUACGAUAGCGAAUAUGAAAUAUGUUUGAAGUUUGAAUAUCAUCGUUAAAUAACUGUUGAAUAGCUGCAAAAUGAAAAUAAUUGCAGACUUUCAUAAAUUGUAUCAGAAUGAAAAGUGACUUGCGUAGGAUAGUAUUGAUAUGUCAAAUGUUAUCAAGAUACUGAAAAGAAGAGAGAGAGAGAGAGAGGGACGAAACGGAAAACUUUGGUGAAACAAUCUCGCGUGCAAUAUGAAUUCCCCGGAUCUACGAAACUGGCCAAUCUUCAGCUUGCUGGAGACAGAAUUCGUCUCACGAAUUCACAUGGUCAUGGUAUAUGGUAACUUAGGUAACGAGGCUCUAAUCGUGACAAAAGACAAGAUAGUGUAUGGCUUAGGCAACAAUAUUGCUGGUUGUUUGGGGACCAGCGAUGCCCAUAGCACGUUGCAUCCAAAGAAGAUAGAAGUUUUGUGUGACAAAGACAUAAAAACAUUUGCCUAUGGAAGUGGACCUCACGUUUUGGCACUUACAGAGAAGGGAGAGAUAUAUUCCUGGGGUCACAACGGUUACUGCGAAUUAGGAAAUGGAACAUGCAAUCAGGGUCUUACACCAACUCUAGUGAACAUGCCCACUCUAGGAGCUGGUUUGAAUAUGAAACACAUUGUGGAUGUUGCAUGUGGGAGUCAUCAUUCUCUCGUUCUCACGGAGGAUGGAGAGGUGUAUGCCUGGGGACAAAAUAACUGCGGACAAGUGGGUAGCAGUCUCAGCACAAAUCAGGGCGCACCGCGACAAGUAAACUCCAAUUUGACCGGGAAGAAAGUUGUCCACAUCUCCUGCGGUCAGACCUCUAGCAUGGUAGUAACCGACAACGGCGAGGUAUAUGGUUGGGGUUACAAUGGCGUCGGCCAGCUGGGGAUAGGCAAUUACGUGAACCAAAUGACCCCGAGUCGAGUCGGCUCGCUGAUAGGCGUCGUAAUAAUCAAGGUGGUUUGCGGAUACGCGCACACGUUGGCGCUCACGGACGAGGGGAAACUCUAUGUCUGGGGCGGGAAUAGUUACGGUCAAUUAGGCAUUGGUAAUAAGACAAACGCUUGUAAUCCAGUCUUGGUCAUGCACGAAAUGGGAAGGGUGUUUGACAUCGCCGCUUUGCAUUAUAAUCACAUAAGCAUCGCCGUCGGCCUAGGCGGUCGUGUGUACAUGUGGGGUCACUGUCGCGGGCAGAGCAUCACGACUCCGACUGCCACUCCGUUUUUGAAUAUAUACGACGCGUUCGCGUGCUACGGGUCGCCCAGCGUCAUGCACAAACCAUUGAUUCUACAUGCGAACGAGGACUCGAGCAUAUUGGAAUGUCUGGGAGCUGCGUUUGACGAUUCCUCGACGAGCGACCUCACGAUACAAGUAAACGGGCAAGGUAUCCACGUCCACAAAGCUAUUUUGAAGAUCCGUUCUCCGUACUUCAGGACCAUGUUUCAGCAUAAUUGGGCGGAAAACAAUCAAAGUAUCAUCGAGCACGAUCAAUUUACCUAUGUCGUGUACAAAGCCUUUCUGAAAUACUUGUACACCGAUAUGAUCGAUCUACCUGCAGAAAAGGCAUUAGAGCUCCUUCAUUUGGCUAACGCUUACUGCGAAAACAAUCUUAAGAGACAUUGCAUUCAGAUGAUAAAGCAAGGGAUUACCAUAUCAAAUGCGGCCUAUCUAUAUAGCGUCGCGAUCGAGUACAAUGCGAAGGAACUCGAGGAGUUCUGCUUCAAGUUCGCCUUGAAUCACAUGACAGCCGUGACGCAAACGGAGAAUUUCGCCAAACUGGACGAGAACACGGUAAAAACUUUUAUCAUUAAAGCGGGCAAGGCCGGUGCUUUUAGGACGUAAUUCGUCUAUUUGCCUUAAGGAUAAUACGUUUCGGAAAUGGACGGAAAUCGCCAAAUCUGUCUGUUGCUGCACGGGUAUUCGCGACACAAUUCCUAAUAGUCGCAUAUACUGACGAAGGAGUCGCGUUUCAGCGACUCGCUUCCUCUUGUAUUUCUCUCGUAGCAUUCCGCGUAAGUAAUAGAUAAAUUGCGCAUUUUUUAGCUGUGCAAUCUAGUCGGCGUCUUCUGACAGAUUACUUCGUGAGAUCUACUUGGAUAAAGAAAGUGAUCUUUUAUAAAGUACUUGAGAUUAUUAUCUUGGAAUCUCUCUGAAUAAAGAAAGAAACAAGACAAUGUGUUAUUCGCCGAUGCAAUUGAAAACAAUAGCGCGAAUUAAUUAACGACGUGUCAAAUCUGUCCAACGAAAGCUCGAUUUCGUUUAUCAUUUCUGCGAUAUAGCGUAGUCAUUUAAUUUUGUAACGAUCUUACGUAGAUUCUACGUAGAUUCUACGUUGAUUCUCGGGUUUUUUACCAAAUGCGACUUUUGUAAAUUUCAUCUAACGGUGUAUGUAUCUGAAGAAUAAUAAAAAUUUUUUCAACACCGUCAAAAGAA